AUGGCUAAAGACGCAACUUCGCCUGCGCAGUCAGUCACGGAGCUCAAUGCCUGUGUUACCACGACCUCUUCGCACCGUCCUGUGAAGGACACCACCUUCCGCCAAUGGGUGGUCUCUAAUCAGAUCGGAAUAUCUUUGACAACCCUCUCCAUGCUAUUGGCCGUCCACCAUCUGUACCCUUCUCUUUCGCCCUAUACCACGCCUUUUUUCCAGCUGUCGUACUACCAACCCUCGCAGGGGGUCUACAUCCAAGGCUGGGAUGAUAUUUACUUCGUCAUCAGCUCCGUCUUUGCGUUUACCGCGAUUCGUGCCAUUGUGAUGGAAUGGGUGUUUCAGCCGUGGGCGCAAUCGCAUGGAUUGAGAAAGAAAGCGUCGAUCCGGCUCGCGGAGCAGGGCUGGAUGUGCUUGUAUUAUGCCGCCUUUUGGACCGUCGGAAUGUACAUUUGGUCGCAGUCUAAUUACUGGAUGGACUUUAAGGCUAUCUGGGCUGAGUGGCCUGCGCGUGGUGUCUCUGGCUUGAUGAAGUGGUACCUGCUUGCGCAGCUUGCGUUCUGGGUCCAGCAGAUCUUCGUUAUCAACAUCGAGGAGCGGAGAAAGGAUCACUACCAGAUGUUGACCCACCAUUUCAUCACCAGCUGUCUCCUCACUUCCGCGUACGUCUACGGUUUCUAUAACGUCUCCAAUGUGGUGCUGAGUUUGAUGGACAUCGUGGACCUGCUACUGCCGAUUGCCAAAAUCCUCAAGUAUCUCGGAUGCGAGAUGCCAUGCAACAUCGCGUUCGGAGUUUUCAUGGUUGUUUGGGCAAUCUCUCGCCACAUAAUGUACCCGCUACUCUGCUGGUCUAUUUACAAGGAUGUGCCCAACGUUAUGUCGUGGGGCUGCUACUCCGGUGCCACAGGGGAGUUGAUCUCAACCGAUGGAUACCCUGACCGAUACAUGCACCUUAUCUCCCCCUUCCUGGACAUCGACGGCCCCAUAUGCAUGAAUCGCAUGAUUAAAUGGAUUUUCCUGUCGUCCCUACUAGCACUCCAGUUGCUAUCCAUCAUCUGGUUUAGCAUGGUCAUUCGCGUGGCCGUAGGUGUCCUCCGCACCGGCAACGCAGAAGACACUCGCAGCGAUGAUGAAGGAGAGGAGGAGGAGUCCGACGAAGUGGAUUCGCUACCCAAGAGCCCCGCCAACGGCAGCGUCGUCGCAGCGGAAGUCUCGAGUGCCGAAUGGCGUCGGUCCAGCGGGUCUUCCGCCCGACCUCGCCGAAGCGACCACAAGGCACUGCUUGGCCGUAUCGGAUGCGAAACGCGUACCUAG